AUUCAGUCUGCAGACCUGCAGUAACGUCGUGCAGGUCUGUGAAGGCGGUGAAGAGCAGACUCAAACACCUCCAACACCAACGUGCGAACUUCCCGUUUAUCUUCUAUAAUCAUGUCACAAGUGCUGAAGGCUGCUCAGACUCAGAUCACCAUCUGAAAGUCAUCCUAUCAUCGGAUAACCCACCUGAGAGGGGAAAAAAAAGUAAAAUGUCUCUCAGAAGUGCCUUCACACGUCUGCUCACCAGCAGCCAAAAGUGUGUGGCUGUCGCCGCAUCCAGAGCUCAGGGUACAGUGGCUGCAGCACAAAAAGAUGCUGAAGAAACCAAAAACCCAGCAAAGGCUGCCAAGGUGGUGUUCAACUGGCAGGAUGCUCUGGACCUGGAGGGUCAGCUGACAGAGGAAGAGAUCAUGAUCCGAGACACGUUUCGGGAUUACUGCCAGGAAAAACUCAUGCCGCGCAUCCUUAUGGCCAACAGACAUGAAAAUUUUCACCGUGAGAUUGUCUCAGAGAUGGGAGAGUUGGGAGUCCUAGGCCCAACUAUUAAAGGGUACGGCUGUGCAGGUACGAGUUAUGUGGGAUAUGGUUUGAUUGCCAGGGAGGUCGAGAGAGUGGACAGUGGAUAUCGGUCUGUGAUGAGCGUUCAGUCUUCACUGGUCAUGCACCCGAUUAAUGCUUAUGGCACAGAGGCCCAGAAGGAGAAGUACCUGCCCCGACUUGCUCGGGGAGAAAUCGUGGGUUGCUUUGGUUUGACAGAACCGAAUCAUGGCAGUGAUCCCAACAGUAUGGAGACUAAGGCUAAGUACAACCCAUCGAGUGGUACCUACACCAUCAGUGGAGCUAAGACCUGGAUCACAAACUCCCCUAUAGCAGACAUUGCAAUAGUCUGGGCAAAAUGUGAGGAUGGCAGAGUGCAGGGUUUCAUCUUGGAGCGUGGCAUGAAGGGUUUUUCCACCCCCAAGAUUGAGGGCAAAUUCUCCCUGAGGGCGUCAGCCACUGGCAUGAUCCUGAUGGAUGAAGUAGAAGUUCCUAAGGAGAACCUGCUACCCAAUGUUUCUGGUCUUAGCGGUCCUUUUGGCUGUCUGAACAAUGCCCGGUAUGGCAUUGCCUGGGGAGCUCUGGGAGCAGCUGAGUUCUGCUUCCAUGCUGCUCGACAGUACACUCUGGACAGAAUCCAGUUUGGUGUGCCACUGGCCAGGAACCAGCUGAUGCAGAAGAAAAUGGCUGACAUGCUAACAGAGAUCACCAUGGGGCUGCAGUCAUGCCUGCAUCUUGGAAGACUCAUUGAUGAGAAGAAAGCAGCACCAGAGAUGAUCUCCAUGCUGAAGAGGAACAGCUGCGGCAAGGCACUGGAUAUUGCCAGACAGGCCAGGGACAUGCUCGGAGGAAAUGGCAUCUCAGAUGAGUACCACAUCAUCCGUCACGUCAUGAACCUGGAGGCUGUCAACACAUAUGAGGGAACUCAUGACAUUCAUGCCUUGAUCCUGGGCAGAGCGAUCACUGGACUUCAGUCUUUCACUGUGAAAAACUAAACCAUCUCCAUUAUCUUCUUGAAACUGACUUCGCAUGAUGAAUUUUGCAACUGAUUUAACUCUUAUUAGCCUGGUAGGACACAUCACAAAUACUUCAUCACAGAUAUGGUUAAAAUAUACUGAGGGACGCCAUCUAUUACUGCCUCUUUCCGGUGAAUAUUAAAGGCUUCGGGUCCAUUUAUAUAGUAAAAAUACCUCAGAUGUACUCUAAUUGCCAUAAGGCAUGGUGUACUGUAUAGAUAAGCUGGUGUUAUGAGUUGGCAUAUUUUGUGACAAUAUAUGAAAAUAAAUGGCU